AUGUGUCCGUUAAUCACACGGGUUAGGCUCGUAUCCCGUCUGGUGCCAUUGACCAGAGUGUUAAUCACGUGGCUCGUUACUAAGAUUUGAGGAUUUUACUGAAAUAUUCCAUUAGUAUUAUAUAUAUAUAUUAAUUUCAUAAAUUUUAAUCUAACCCACUAGAAACCAGUCUACCAGGGGUAUCUUCCACCAGUUCCGAUUCUCACUAGGCCCAAAUCUCUUGCAUGAUACAGGAGCGCCCCGAGUGGGAGAUCAGAAGCGGCUGUGUGUUCUUCCAGAAGGCGAGGGAGUCGGCCCCCAGCAAGGAGAUACCUUCCCUGCAGCUUAUCAACCAGACCCUGAGCUAUGCCAGAGAACUGGAGAGGAUCGUCUAGGCCAGAGCCCUCCUCCAGACGGGUCCGUAUUCCCUUUCUUUUCUUUUUCCCUCCAUGUAAGUCGAUUCAAGAUAGUUUUCGAUUUCGUUACUCGGUGUUCUUUCUUAGGUGUUUUCACCGCUUCGGAUUCAGUCAAGAUGACCGGGUAAUGGUUGACCCUAAUCACAUAUCAUGGUCUGGUGGAAUAUGUUGGUCCAAGUGUUCUUAAUGACUCCUGCCCCGUCGAUUCUUGUAUCCGCGGUUUUAUCUAGGUUCUUUUCGGAAUUUCAGACUUAAUUGAGAUGAUGGAUGAGGGUUGACCCACAUCAAUGUAUGGUCUGGUUGAUUGUGAUGGUGCGAGUGUUCCUAAUAUCUCCCGCCCCAGCCCCAGUCAAAGGGGGUUCCUUUCUUGUAUGUUACGAUCAGAUGGUCUUUAAUCCGUUGACUUGGGUUUUAUCCGUAGUUUCACCAUUUCAGACUCGAUCUCAGUGGCUGGGUGGUGCUUGACCCUGUCUAACGAUGUGGCGUUCUUGCCUACUCUCUUGCCCAGUCAACGGCUGUUGUCGAUAAGGUGCCCUUGAUUCAGUGCUCUUGUUCGUGCCAUGAGAUGAAGCUGUUUUCGAAGGAAGUCCACGGAGCGUUGACUUGUGGAAGAAAAAGAAUCAACUGAUGUGGCCCGUGAAAUUUACAGUGGCUGAUCAGAUUGAUGAUCUCUGUUCAGCCCAAGCGGCGAGAGGAGGAUGAAUUCGUAAUGUCUCGGGCUGAGAAAAAAACAGAAAAAAUAGAGAACAGAGGCUCUGUUUGAUUGGGCGGAUCAGAUCAGGGGAAGGUGAAGGAGCCGCCGAUCUGCGAGUUGCUUGACGGAGGGCUGAUAGCGACCCAGAGGAGGGAGAUGGUAAUGGCGAUGAGCCCUGACCAGACGAAGACGAUGGUGGGGGUCCUCCCCCGGCGGCCCAUCAGGCCCUUGGCGAAGGGGUAG